AUGGCGGAAAACAAAGGAGGCGGCGGCGGCGGGGACGCGGCCGCCGAGGCCGCGCCGGGCGGCGGCGGCUGUCUGGAGCCUCCCGCCGGCUCGCCGUCCGCCGCCGCGCCGCCCGAGGAGCGCGAGAGCCCCGGGGCGGCGGCGGCGGAGCGCGGCGGCGGCGAGGCCGAGGCCGAGGCGGCGGCGGGGCCCGGUGCGGCGGCGGGGCCCGGCCCCAGCCCGGUGCCGCCGCUGACGCCCGCGGCGCCGGGGCCGUUCUCGCUGCUGGACACGUGCGCGGUGUGCGCGCAGAGCCUGCAGAGCCGGCGGGAGGCCGAGCCCAAGCUGCUGCCCUGCCUGCACUCCUUCUGCCGCCGCUGCCUGCCCGAGCCCGAGCGCCAGCUCACCGUGCCCGUGCCCGGCGGCGCCAACGGCGACGUGCAGCAAGUGGGGGUGAUCAGGUGCCCCAUCUGUCGCCAGGAGUGCCGGCAGAUCGACCUGGUGGACAAUUACUUUGUGAAGGACACCUCGGAGAGCCCCAGCAGCUCUGAUGAGAAGUCAGAGCAGGUGUGCACCAGCUGUGAGGACAAUGCCAGUGCUGUGGGCUUCUGUGUGGAGUGUGGGGAGUGGCUGUGUAAGACCUGCAUCGAGGCUCACCAGCGAGUGAAGUUCACUAAGGACCACAUGAUCAGGAAAAAAGAGGAUGUGUCCUCAGAGGCCGUGGGAGCAUCUGGUCAACGUCCUGUUUUCUGCCCUGUCCACAAACAAGAGCAGUUAAAACUUUUCUGUGAAACCUGUGACAGGCUGACAUGCAGAGACUGUCAGUUACUGGAGCACAAAGAACACAGGUACCAGUUCCUGGAAGAAGCUUUUCAGAACCAGAAGGGUGCAAUUGAGAACCUCUUGGCCAAACUUCUUGAGAAGAAGAAUUAUGUAAAUUUUGCAGCUGCCCAAGUUCAAAAUAGGAUAAAAGAAGUAAAUGAAACCAACAAACGAGUAGAACAGGAAAUCAAAGUGGCUAUAUUCACCCUCAUCAAUGAAAUCAAUAAAAAGGGAAAAUCUCUCCUACAGCACCUUGAGAACGUGACCAAGGAGAGGCAGAUGAAGUUGCUCCAGCAGCAGAAUGACAUCACUGGGCUGUCACGACAAGUGAAGCACGUGAUGAACUUCACUAAUUGGGCCAUUGCCAGUGGCAGCAGCACUGCCCUGCUCUACAGCAAACGCCUGAUAACGUUCCAGCUGAGGCACAUCCUGAAGGCUCGCUGUGACCCCGUCCCUGCUGCCAACGGCGCCAUCCGCUUCCACUGUGACCCCACCUUCUGGGCCAAGAAUGUGGUCAAUUUGGGUAACCUGGUCAUUGAAAAUAAACCAACCCCUAGUUACACUCCCAAUGUAGUGGUUGGGCAAACUCCUCCAGGAACAAACCACGUCAACAAAGCUCCAGGACAAAUCAAUCUGGCCCAGCUUCGACUGCAGCACAUGCAGCAGCAGGUGUAUGCCCAAAAGCACCAGCAGCUGCAGCAGAUGAGGAUGGCCCAGCCAUCCUCUGCCUCUGUGCCCAGGCAGAGCAGCCCCCAAGUCCUGCAGCAGCAGCCUCCCAGGUUGAUCAGCAUGCAGACCAUGCAGAGGGGUAACAUGAACUGUGGGGCUUUCCAAGCACAUCAGAUGAGAAUGGCUCAGAAUGCUGCUCGUAUUCCAGGAAUCCCACGCCACAAUGGACCUCAGUACUCCAUGAUGCAACCUCACCUUCAAAGACAACACUCCAACCCCGGCCACGCCGGGCCCUUCCCGGUGGUCUCAGUGCACAACACCACCAUCAACCCCACCAGCCCCACCACGGCCACCAUGGCCAGCGCCAACCGCGGCCCCACCAGCCCGUCCGUGUCGGCCAUCGAGCUCAUCCCGUCCGUCACCAACCCGGAGAACCUGCCCUCGCUGCCAGACAUCCCCCCCAUCCAGCUGGAAGAUGCUGGUUCCAGUAGUUUAGAUAAUCUGCUAAGUAGGUACAUCACAGGCAGCCACCUCCCCCCACAGCCUACCAGCACCAUGAAUCCCUCCCCAGGACCUUCAGCUCUGUCUCCAGGGUCAUCAGGUUUAUCCAACUCCCACACUCCUGUGAGGCCCCCCAGCACCUCCAGCACAGGCAGCAGAGGAAGCUGUGGCUCCUCAGGCAGGACUGCUGACAAAACUGGCAUUGGCUUCAAGGCUGACCAGGUGAAAGUAAAGCAAGAGCCAGGCACAGAGGAAGAGAUCUGCAGCUUCUCAGGAACAGUAAAGCAGGAAAAAACAGAGGAUGGCAGAAGGAGUGCUUGCAUGCUCAGCAGCCCCGAGAGCAGCUUGACACCACCACUAUCCACUAACCUACACCUGGAGAGUGAACUGGAAGCUUUGGGAAGCCUGGAAAACCACGUGAAGACAGAGCCAGCAGAUCUGAGUGAGAGCUGCAAGCAGUCUGGGCACAGCCUGGUGAACGGGAAAUCGCCCGUGCGCAGCCUCAUGCACCGCUCGGCCCGGGUGGCAGGAGAGGGCAACAACAAGGAUGACGACCCCAACGAGGACUGGUGUGCUGUGUGCCAGAAUGGGGGGGACCUGCUGUGCUGUGAGAAGUGCCCCAAGGUGUUCCACCUCACCUGCCACGUCCCCACGCUCCUCAGCUUCCCCAGUGGAGAGUGGAUAUGUACAUUUUGCAGAGACCUGAGCAAACCUGAAGUGGAAUAUGAUUGUGACAAUUCCCAGCACAGCAAGAAAGGCAAGACAGCACAAGGCCUGAGUCCUGUGGACCAAAGGAAAUGUGAACGCCUCCUGCUUUACCUGUACUGCCACGAGCUGAGCAUUGAGUUCCAAGAGCCAGUCCCAGCCUCGAUACCAAACUAUUAUAAAAUCAUAAAGAAACCCAUGGAUUUAUCCACGGUGAAGAAGAAACUGCAGAAGAAACAUUCCCAACACUACCAGACCCCCGAGGACUUCGUGGCCGACGUCCGGCUGAUCUUCAAGAACUGUGAAAGGUUUAAUGAAAUGAUGAAAGUUGUUCAAGUUUAUGCAGAAACACAAGAGAUUAAUUUGAAGGCUGAUUCAGAAGUAGCACAGGCAGGGAAGGCAGUUGCAUUGUACUUUGAAGAUAAACUUACAGAGAUCUACUCAGACAGGACCUUCCAGCCUUUGCCUGAAUUUGAGCAGGAAGAGGAUGAUGGUGAAAUAACUGAGGACUCCGAUGAAGAUUUUAUACAACCACGUAGAAAACGCCUAAAAUCAGAUGAGAGACCAGUGCAUAUAAAGUAAUCUAAUGAUAUGGACCUAAAAUUUAUUGUAAAAACUGUUAUUUAAGUGUUCCUGGAAUAUUAUCAUGCCUACAGUGGCCAUCUUGCAGAAGCUGAUAGCUUUUUAAACAGUAUUAGAUAACAAAAAACACUUGUACAGAAAAACAUUCGCAUCAAAAGGGGAAAAAAACCUGUAUUGUAAAUUUUUGGUGGUUUGUAUUUUUUUUUCCUUGAUUACUUGCUAUAUUUUUUCUUUUCCUGAUGGAGGGGACACACUCAUGCUGGUCUCACAGACAGAGGUGGAGGAAUGUUGAAGAGAAGCAGAUUUGAUAGGAGAUGUUCCAUGUACAGAUAAGACUGUAGUGACACGACCUGCAGGACUGGACCCGCUCAGUGACUGUGUCUUGCAUUCCACUGCAGUGUAAACUGUGAGCAGAGCUCCUGAAAUCCCCUCUGUGUCCACUCAAGUGUGUGUUGGUCGUUGCUUUGAUCAUCUCAUUGAAGCAGGACUGUGAAUAACUGAAUCUUCUGUGUCCAUCCAACUGUUGACAUUUUGCUUUCUUUACUCCAUUUCAUGUAUAGCAAAAGGAAGAAGAAAGAAAAAUCAUUAAACUGUUCUGAAUGGGCGAGUGCAGGAAUGGGAGGCAGAUGAAAGGCUAAGCUGGUGGCUCCAACCCCUUUCAGUAGGACAAGGUGUAUUUAUUAAACUCCUGUACCCAGAACAUUUUAAUGGCAUCCAUGGCAGAAGUCUCAGCGUUGUCAUCUGUCCCUGACCCCCUGACGAGGCAGAAUGUUCUCUCCAGUGUUCAUUCUCUACUUUUCUGUACUUAAAAUAUAGACUGAAGAGGUAAUAACUGGUUGGGGUGUUUUUCCAGUCUUCCUAAAUAUCAGUUUCUAAUAGACCACUCGGCAAACAAUAACCUAUUAACUACCAAAUGUGUAAAAUUUCCUGUAUUCACUUUGUCUUAUUUGUAAAUAGUGAAUUGAGAUUUCUUGCAGGUCAGCAACAUUUGCUGAACUGUUUUUAAGCUAAUAUGUAUUCUUAUUGAUUGUUCCUAUCAAGAAAAGAUUUGUAAUAUAUGCUAUUUCUAACAUUGCAUUCAUUUUGAGGUUCUGUCUUAUUUUUCUUAGAGUAUUUCUCAGAACUUUCUUCAGAAGCAGCUUGUGAGGGGAAUGUGCAGGAAGAUUGGAAUCAGUCUGAGUUUGGGUUGCCUGUCCAUCCAUUGAACAAAGCACUUGCACAGGGUUUGGCCUUGAGUGGUUUUUGGUCAAAGAGUGAGAACAGAACAAUUUCCCAAUUCCCUCAGUAACCCCCGGGGCACCUCUGUAGUGCCUUCUCUUGCACUGCCUCCAUCCCAGCAUUCCUGGUUAGAAAUCAUGGAAUCACAAGGAGUUACAGCUCCAGAAGUUGUUUUUUUUUACUGACACAAGUCAGUACUAGAAAUAAAUACAAUUUCUGGCCUUCAUAUUGAUCUUGUUAAAGGAAGUUGAAGAAUUCAUGGAACCAAUGAGCUCGAGAUGGCAGACUCUGAGUUUGCCAUGGUUUGUGUGGAUCCAGCAAUUCUGUGGGAGAUCCCUGGGGGUUUGGUGUGCUCAGCACAACAAUUCCUGUGACAUUGUCCACGCUUUACCAUCAUGGUAAAGAGAAAUAUGUUAGCACAAUAUCAAAUUGAGAAAUGCUCUCAGCAGUUUUUAUGCAAAUCACUGCAGAUUUGGUUUCUUUUAUAAGAACCAGGUCUGUGUACCUUGGGAUUCUCCCUCUUGCAAUAAAUGAGAGGACUGAAGAUGUUUUUCACUUCCAGCCCACUUCUUCACUCAAAUGUUACACUUCAAACUCAAACUGGUUGUUUCAUUAAAUUUCUUAGACAUGAACAGUGCUGUUUUAAGUUUAUUUUUUACCAGUUUGUAUGUGAAAGGAAAAGGAAUUUCACUUCAACAUAUUAAAUUGACAAAGAGCAACAACUUUGCCUGUGGAAAAGCUGAUGUGUGAAUAGGACACUGGUAGUGACAAGGGAUCAUUUCAUGGCUCUGUGUAUUGCCUAUUUAUGCAUUUCUAGUUUCUCAGCUUCAUUUUGCAAAAGGAAUAUUAUUAAAAUUAUCAUGAAAAUA